GCAAUCAGCUGACAUUUGUUAAGCCCUUAAUUUGAAUUUUGAGGAAGGAAGAAUUGUUUAUAUACUGUUGUUGUGUUGCACUUGUUUCUAUGAUUUAAAAAUUAUAGAUUUAUUAAUCAAGAGCUUGACACACAUCAUGAAUAAUUUUAAUGAUCUGCCUCAGUUAUUAGACAUUUCUAAUAUUUCGGCAAUCUCUCAAUCCAGCAGUAGAUUCAUUGGCAGAAUGGAUUUGUCUCAAACUCUGUUAGACCAUCAUUCCAGUGCUAUAAAAAAUAGUAAUAAGCCUACAACCACUCAUGGAAUAAAUUCAAUGGAGACAAUGAAGUCUUUAACAUUAUGUGAAGAAAAUAUGUGUGAAUAUAUGAAAGCUAAUAUGGUUUAUCAGUGUUUAAAGGAAGCAUGUUUUAAUCAUAAAAAUAUUCUGUCUAAAAAUACAGUAACCAAGCUAAAUGAAUUUCUCUUGACUCAUGAAUUAGACAAGUACAUACAUCUUCCAUUUUCACCAAAGCAUAUGCAAGACAACUUGACUCUUUUGGGAAUUGAUAAUUUACCAUCAUCUGAUUUAACUUUUGAUGAAAAGUUAGAAAUAAAAUGCUGUGUUGAAACAAUGCUUCGAGAGAAAAUACAUGAUAUAGUAUUAAGAUAUGAAGCUAUAGGAGGAAAUGUCAAGGAAGCAUUGAAGAACAAUGAAUACAACAUGCGCUAUAAAAUUCUAGAAUGUGAUACACGAAUAAUGGAAUGGAAGAAUAAAAUUGAAGAAGCAACUGUAGAAUACAAAAAUGCUUUGCAAAAAUAUAUAAACUUGAUGGAUAAAUGGAAUAACCUAAAAUAUGAAGAUAUGAGUAAAGCUUAUUUAGAGAAAUCGGAAUAUCUGUUAUUGCAAGCACAAGUUGCUGAGCUGCAAACAAAAAUUACAAAGCUCUCUUGUAGAAUCAAGAUGUUUAAGGAGACUCCAACUACCAUUGAUGCUUUCAGACUGCUAAAUCAAUUGAUUGAAGAGAAAUUGAAGACAGUCACAAAUGAAAUCCGCCAGAAAGAGGACUUGAAAAAGCUCUAUGAAAACUUGAAAAACACGGAAUACGACGAGGUUUUAAAAAAUUAUAUAGAGCUUUGUAAAGCAAUAAAGAAGAAGGAACAAAUUUUAAACAUGUUAAAAUAAUUCUAUAAGCGAGCAAUGCAAGAUAUUUGAUGAAUGGAAUAUUUAAUUCAAAAAAACGAGAUUGCGAGAAAAAUGAAGAAUUCUUUACUUUUAAUUUGUUCUUUUUUUUAAUCUAUUAUUUGUAUCUACUUUUCUUAUUUAUAUUUGAGUUGUCUUGAUCUGUAAGUAUCUUUUGAUGAGUUUAUUUUUAAGAGUUAUCUUUCGACGUUUAAUUAAGAUAAUUAUAGGAAACUACUCAUUCUAAUUAUAUGAAUUAUGCAAUUCAUCGGCAGUUAGUUGGCGAAUUACUUUGUGUAAUUAAAAUAAAUUUUGAUAAUUUUCUUAAAA